AAAUUGCUCUCAAAAAUGAAUCACUCAACUUAAAAAUCAUAAUCACAUUCAGCAGAAAGACGCUCUACUUCAAUUUUUAUACAUCCUUUUCCUAAACCUCCAAGUUUUUCUGAUAUAUCAAUAUUUAAGAUUGAUUUUAGUAAGGAAAAUAUUCCACCCUAAAAAAUAAGUUGGGGAUAAUAUUCUUAAUCUCUUUAAUUAUCUACUAUUUCUUAAAAGAAAAAGCCAACAUAAAAAUAUGUUGAAUUGGAAUCUCAAACUGAUUCCAAAAUUAAAUUCAAAUUUCCUCUAUAUACAGAUCAUCAACUUGGCAUCAAACCAGAAUUUUAAAAUUUAUUGUAAGAAGCAUAUGAUAAUGAUGAUGAUAUCAAUACAAAAGAAAGUGUAAUGAAUUUUUUUAUAGAUGUUUGCAAAAAAGAUUUAAUAUAAGGGAUAGUUGAAAAUCAAUAAAUUAAAGAUUAACAAGGGUAUUUAAAGUAUUAAUAUAAAUAGAAAUCCCAUUCUAAAUUUUUCAGGCUUGACACAAAGAUUAAGUGCUCAAUAUGAAUCUAUAAAGGAGAAUGCAGAAUGA